CUUGCUCUCCCUGGGAGUGACUAUACUCUUGUCAACAGUGUGGUGGAGGUCAUGAAUAUUCAUGAGCAGCUGAGGCAGGGCUGUGCCGCUGGAUUGCUUCUCCCAGGCAAAGACUGAAGCCAUCAUCACCAUUGUACGCCGUAUCUGUCUCUUUUUUUCCCCCUUCUUUGCAGGGAAUAUACUAGACGACGGCUGGAGAAAAUACACGGACUAGGAUGCUCGGAUAGCAGGAACGCCUAUUGUUUACUGCAGGCUUUAUUCUGAUGCGGAGAAGAUUGCGAGUGGAUCUUUACUAUCUGCAGGCAAACUGAAAGGGCCGGCUUCCUCCCAGCCUCCACCCCUGAGGUACUCAGAGAUGGAGGCCCCAUUGGUCUGCCUGGAUGAGGAGUUUGAGGAUGUGAGGUCCUACUCCGAGGACAGAGAGGAGAAGUCAAGGAGCAUCUACAUGUCUCCAUCUCGACAUCUGGAGGAUACCUCCCUCUCUGAGCUAGAGAACUUCAGCUCCGAAAUAAUCAGCUUCAAGUCCAUGGAAGACCUUGUCAAUGAGUUUGACGAGAAGCUGAAUGUUUGCUUUCGGAACUACAACACCAAAACGGAAAACUUGGCCCCAGUAAAGAAUCACCUGCAGAUCCAGGAAGAGGAGGAACGGCUGCGGGAUGAAGAGGUCUGGGACGCCCUCACGGAUAACUACAUCCCGCUAACUGGUGACAAAUGGAGAGAGCACAACGAAGAGCUGCUGAAUGGGAACUUGUCUGAUUCCGAGUUCCAUGAGAAGGAGGAAGAGGAGCUGAAUGAAAAGAGUGAAAAUGAUUCCGGGAUCAACGAGGAGCCUUUGUUAACGGCAGACCAGGUGAUCGAAGAGAUCGAGGAGAUGAUGCAAAACUCGCCAGACCCUGAGGAAGAACUGGACGAGGAGGACAAUGAUCUGGAAGUCAUCUCCACUCACUCUGACUCCGUCCUCUUACAGGAGAUGCAGGCCUUGAGCAAGACCUUCAACAACAACUGGACCGCUGAGGCAGGACUUCAACACAUGAGCAGAGCGGAGCUGACCGAGCUAUUGGAACGCGUGGAACGAGCCAUCUGCGACUACUCGGAGGAGCUGGUGCAGCAGCUGGCCAGACGGGACGAGUUGGAGUUUGAGAAGGAGGUGAAGAAUUCCUUCAUCACGGCUCUCCUGGAGGUCCAGAACAAGCAGAAGGAACACAGAGAGCUGGUGAAGAAGAGGAGGAAAGAGAAAGGGCUGAGCCUGCAGAGCAACCGCUCCGAGAGACACGGCCAGAUGCCCAUGAAGCGCUUCAGCAUGGAGGGAAUCUCCAACAUCCUGCAGACGGGAAUCAGGCAAACUUUUGGGAAUUCUGGGAAUGAGAAGCAGUAUUUGAACACAGUCAUCCCGUAUGAGAAGAAAGCCACGCUCCCAUCUGUGGAAGACUUGCAGAUGCUAACAAACAUACUGUAUGCAAUGAAAGAAGACAGUGAAAAGGUUCCCAUGUUAUUAACGGACUACAUUUUAAAGGUGCUGUGCCCAACCUAACGUGUCGUCUCCCCAGCACCGAUCAGGGACAACGUAUGUGUUACAUCAGGACUGCAUGACAUAACAUUUAAAUUUGCAUUGAAUUAAUCCAAACUACAUGCCGGUAUUAUUACCUAUUGCUUUCUCAUCAAUUUAACCUCUUCCUGGUCAGAGAAGCCCGGAACUUACCCCCAUUAGGUUCUGUGUUGACCCGACCUCUGAAUCUUCUACCGGCACAUCUGCCCUCUGCUGGUCACAGGUGGUAGUCAGGUGUGUUUAUAGCAGACUCCUUACCUGGAGGUCUUGUUCUAUUGUCAUAACCAAGGUAAAACAAGAUUUUGGGACCAUUCUGUGUCCUUUGCAGGCAAGCCAUCCUAACUAUGUGAUAUGUAAACCGCUUUGAAUGAAGACAAAGUAUUGUCCUUUCUGGAGGAAGAGGAACGAAGCACCAGAUAAUACAAUCCUAUCCAGUCCUUCAUGAACUGGCAAUGGCUGCUUGUUCAUAUUGGUCCCUUCGGCUCUAUUUAUCUGUACCGGGUUAGUGUUUAUGGAAUCUGCUUCAUGCCCCUAAAUUCUAGUCGGUUC